UCUUUGGUUUCCAAGUUCUCUCGCCGGAUCUCGAAAUGUCGACGGAGAUGACUUGUACGAGGCUGACGAUCUUAACGGUCGCCGGAAUAUUCCUUCAGAUCAUCGGACUUUCGAUUUUCGUCUUCGGUUUCUUCCCCGUCAAGCCGACUCUCUCUGGCGUCAGUGGCUCGGAGAGUUAUCUUCAUCCUCUCUGUGACUCUGAGCCGAAUACAAAUGAGUCGGAGAUUCAUCCUGAGAAACUGAGAUUGCUCUACGAGGAGUUGUCUGGCAUCUCUUCUAGAUAUGAUCGACUGAUUCUGAUGGUUAUAGAUGGUCUUCCUGCGGAGUUUGUUCUAGGGAAGGAUGGUCAACCUCCAUGGAAUGUAUGGAAAGAGUCUAUGCCUUAUACACAGUCAUUGUUGGCUAAUGGAGAUGCAAUUGGUUACCAUGCUAAAGCUGCACCUCCAACUGUUACAAUGCCGAGGUUGAAGGCAAUGGUUUCUGGAGCAAUUGGUGGUUUCUUGGAUGUGGCUUUCAAUUUUAACACGCAAGCUCUCUUAGAUGACAACCUUCUUGGUCAGUUUCUUAGGAUUGGUUGGAAAAUGGUGAUGCUCGGAGAUGAGACAUGGAUCAAGUUAUUCCCGGGUCUAUUCAUGAGACAUGAUGGUGUUAGCAGUUUCUUUGUCAAAGAUACAGUACAGGUAGACAAAAAUGUGUCCCGCCACUUGCCAAAUGAGCUUAACAAUGAUGACUGGAAUCUCUUGAUCCUUCAUUACCUUGGCUUGGAUCAUGUUGGACAUACUGGCGGCCGUAACAGUCCCUUGAUGGCUUCAAAACUUAAAGAAAUGGAUGAUAUAGUUAGAACAAUGCAUUUAAGAGCCAUGGUGGAUCGUAGCCAUGAUCAAGGACAGACCCUUUUGAUAGUAGUCAGUGAUCAUGGCAUGACUGAGAGUGGAAAUCAUGGAGGAUCUUCAUAUGAAGAAACUGACUCCCUAAUGCUCUUUAUUGGCUUGAGUAGCAAUAUUUCUGAUUAUGCUGGCGCUACCAAUAAUUUAGCUUUCCAGGUAGAUUUGACGCCAAGUUUAGCUCUUCUAUUUGGUGUGCCGAUCCCAAAGAACAAUGUUGGAGUCCUUGUCCCAGGAACACUUAAUUCUUUAAGAGAUUUUGAGCAACUACGGGCACUGGAACUGAAUUCCUGGCAGUUACUCAGACUAAUGCAAGCACAGUUACCAAGUUCCUUGUUUGGAAGCUUCUCCUGCAAUUGCUUCCUUGAAGGAACUUGUGAGGGGUUUGGUUCGGAUAUUAGUGAGUGCUCUGGGGACAAAGAGAAACAACUUAUUUGCUUAUUUAGGAACGCUGCUGUCCUCCAUGGCAUUUGGAAGUCCAAGAAGUUAACAAAGUCUAGUGCCGUGGAAGACUUCAACAGAGCUUUAGAUGCAUACAACGCCUUUUUGAAAACUGCAAGUGAGUGGUUAGCAAGCAAAACCACUGAAAAACCAGUUCUCUUACUGGGUCUUGGAGUGAGUGCCAUGUUUCUUUCCUGCGUCGUCUGUGUCACUCUCUUUCUGUCCUUAUUCAAAGAGGUUUACAAUGGACCGAAGGAUCAAGUCUGCAGUUUGAAUUAUCUGUUGAAUUUGGAAGGGGUGUUCAUUUUGGCAGUUCUUUUGAUCCUCGUUAUAAGUAUGGGAUCUAGUUCAAUGGUGGAAGAGGAGCACUAUAUAUGGCAUUUCAUGGUAUCCACCUUCUAUCUUCUGUUACUUUUCAAGACAGUAAAAUCAUUCAGUUUCUCUAGAGGGCUGAACUCACUCGGAGAAUAUAAAAUCGGUUCAAUCUUCCUGCUUCUUAUAUCUGGUAGACUACUAAGAGGUUGGCAUCAAGGGGGCGUGAACUGGACUCACUUUACUGAUAUUUCUAAGUGGCUAGAGCAAGCUGGCGGUAGUUAUGUAAAAUGGAUCCAGCUAAUCUCGAGCUUUCUUGUUAUUGGUCUAGGAGUAUUCACUCUCUUUCGAACAGGGUCGAAGAGAAAAAGUGUCCGCAUCCAAGCUUUUGGUUUCUCAAUUUGUGGGUUCCUAAUUCUGCUGCAUGCCUGGAGAUAUCAGGAUGAUAUGUUUGAAGUGUCAACCAAUGAUGGAGCCACCGUAACAGCAAAAGUUAUCUAUCUUAUUCUUUCUAUAUCUGCGGUUGGAGGAGCUUUAGUUUUACCAUGGUCUAUGCAAAAGAAAGACAAGUUCCUUGUAGCUAUAGCAGGUGAUUAUUUGUAUAUGAUUGGCUCUGCAUACAUACUAUGCUGGUGUCUUCUUCAACUACUUCUACAACAACCGAUCAACUCUGGACCCAUACUUUUGUUGCUCAUCCAAAUUUUAGCAGUUUCAUGUCUUUCGUCUAAAGAUGUGCAGGUCAACGAAUGGGUCGAGAUUGCCGCACUCUAUUACAUGGGAAUGGCAGGUCACUUUGCUCUUGGAAACAGCAAUACCUUAGCAACCAUCGACGUUGCUGGUGCUUUUAUUGGAAUCUCUAGUCAUUCAACAAUACUUUCUGGAAUCUUGAUGUUCAUGAUCACCUAUGCAUCUCCCCUGUUGUUCCUUUUAUCCUUGGUGAUGUACAUUGGUGGAAAGCUAAGAAACCAUUCACUCUUGGCUCACUCCGAUACGGAUUUAGGACAACUCUUGAAGCUAAAGCUUGGGUUCCCUUGUCUUGUGCCGCUCUGCAUAAAUUCAAUUCUUUUGAUGGCAUACACUGUGGUCCUGCUACUCAUGAGGAAUCACCUUUUUGUGUGGAGCGUCUUCUCUCCCAAGUAUCUGUACGUAUGUGCAACCACUGUUUGCACAUACGUUGGAGUUUGUAUCGUCGCUGCUACAGUUGCCUACACUCUCUCCGUCACUUCCUUCCUUAGAAGCAAGACGCAACAACUCGUAGACUAGUAGUUAAUUAUGAAUUGAUGUAGAGGUAAUUUAUCGAAUUUACAGUUUACAACUAUUAGUUUACAGUUAUGUUUAACUUUUGAGGGUGUGUAUAAUCAAGGGCGGAAGCUAGAAAACUUUUUAUA